ACUGUUGCCAAGGGUCAGCUUCCCGGUAACAUGCCCAGGAUCGGCGCUCCGGGCUCACCACUAGCCGGGUGACCAGGAAGGCCCCCCAGUGGACUGAAGCAUGAUCUCCAUCACGGAGUGGCAGAAGAUUGGUGUGGGCAUCACCGGCUUCGGCAUCUUCUUCAUCCUCUUUGGGAUACUCCUGUACUUUGACUCCGUGCUGCUGGCUUUCGGAAAUCUGCUGUUCCUGACUGGCCUCUCCCUCAUCAUCGGCCUGAGGAGGACGUUUUCCUUCUUCUUCCAACGGCAUAAGCUCAAGGGGACCAGCUUCUUCCUGGGGGGCGUAGCUAUCGUGUUGCUGCGCUGGCCCCUGCUGGGCAUGCUUCUGGAGGCCUACGGAUUCAUUAGCCUCUUCAAAGGCUUUUUCCCUGUGGCCUUUGGCUUUCUGGGCAGCACGGCUAACAGCCCCUUCCUGAGCACGCUGUCCCAGAGGCUUCAAGGCUCCAGCUCAAUGGUCUGAAUGGCAGAGAUGAGCUCCUUGAGCUUGGAUUGUUGAUGGAGGGGCCAUAAGGGGAAUGGGGGCCAAUCUUCAUGCGCUCCCUCCCCAGCACUGAUGUACUUCCCAUCACACAUGGACAUCUCAAAGUCCAGAGAAAAGAUGGAGCUGAGAGCCACUGAUCUUAAACCCCCAAGUUACCUCAAGAGGCUGCUGGAAGCAGAGAUCCUGGUCCUGAUACCCAGCAGGAGCUGAAAGCAAUUUUCCCAGCCUGAAGUUAUGCAGGGGAGUGAAGAUUAAAUCCCCAAGCUGUGAA